AUGUCAGGUUUGCAACUUCCAUCAAAUAUUUGUUUGGCCGAUCCUACAUUUUACAAGCCUUCAGAAGUAGACCUAUUGAUAGGAGCUGAUCUCUUCUGGGACUUAGUUGAGCCACAAAAAAUAAAAUUAGGUAAGCAGCAGCCUGUGUUAUGGAAAACUAAAUUAGGUUGGAUUAGUUCGGGUCCCUUAUAUUAUAAUAAUAAUAUUCUUUUAUCGAGUGAUAUUAAGUGUUAUUUUAGUUCCAUCAAUGAAAGUGUCGUUGAUGAUGGAAGGGAUGACAUCCGAACCGACUUAACGCGAUUUUGGCUCUUGGAAGAAAUAACCUUUAAGUCUCCUCAUUAUUCACCAGACGAAAAGCUCUGCGAGGAACAUUUUGUUAAAAAUACAUUCCGUCUUGUUGAUGGCCGCUUCUGCGUUCGAAUACCUCUCAAGAGUAGUCCUGAUGUAUUAGGGAAUUCUUUUCAAAGGGCCGAAAGAUGUUUAUUCUCAUUAGAACGCAGGUUAAUUAAAAAGCCGGACAUCAGUAAAAUGUAUCGAGAUUUUAUGACGGACUAUAAAUUGUUAGGCCACAUGAAUGAAAGUCACACUACUGAAUCGGAUCGACAGUCAUACUUUAUGCCUCAUCACGGUGUCUUACGCGAGAGCAGUACUACCACCAAGCUCCGAGUAGUAUUCAACGCGUGCUCUGCUACUUCAACAGGUGUUUCUUUUUAACGAAAUUCAGUUGGUUGGCCCUACAGUUCAGGAUGACCUUCUGUCUAUACUUCUUCGUUUUAGGCAACACAAGUACGUAUUAUCUGCCGACGUUGAGAAGAUGUAUAGGCAGAUAGUCGUACGUCCAUCUGACAGAUGUUUGCAGCAAAUACUUUGGCGCGAUGAUGUCAAACUAAAUACCGUCACUUACGGUACAGUAAGUGCACCAUUUCUAGCAACUAGAUGUCUCAUGCAAAUAGGCUUGGAUUGUACUAACCAAACUGUCACAGAAAUAAUCAAGCACGAUUUUUAUGUGGACGAUUUGCUAACUGGAGGAGACAAUUUAAGUUCUAUGCAAGGUAUACGUAACGAUAUCACGGAUGCGCUAGCAUCAGCUGGUAUGACUUUGCGGAAAUGGUUAUCAAAUGAACCUCAACUGGUGCUUGAUUCAAGUAAUUCAUCUCUAAAUUUAAAUAUUGGUUCUGAUGAGCCAAAUAAAUUGCUUGGUUUGGGUUGGCAGUCAAGCACAGAUAAGUUGUGUUUUCCAAUACAUUUGUCACUUCCCAACAGCAAAACAAAACGAGACUUGCUUUCACUACACAUUUUCACGGAUGCAUCUGAAAGCGCUUAUGGUGCUUGUGUGUAUGUCCGUAGUGUUGAUGUCAGUGGAGUAGUUAUGGUACGUCUACUGAUGGCAAAAAGUCGAGUGGCACCAAUUAAACCCACUAGGUUGGAAUUAUGUGGUGCCUUAGUGGGAGCUCGGUUAUUUGUUUUAGUUUUCUUUAAUUCAUUCUCUACAAUGGCUCGUAAUUGCAAUGAAAAUGAUGAUGAUAAGAUUGAUCCCGCGUCUGUAACAGCUAAUGUGAAAAGUAGUAUUAAACAAGAAGUCAUCAAAGAUCUUCUCAAUGGUUCAUUCCAAGACAACAAAACCAAGCUGGGCAAUGAUGCGUUAUCAUUAGUGGUAGAAGUGGCAAAAUGUCUUGUCACCGAAACAUGCCUUAGGGCAUCAAACCAGGCGCUGCGAGAAAGUUGUGACAGAGUCGAGCUGGAGCAUGUCGAGAAAUGCCUUCCACAACUGAUGUUGGACUUCCCCUAA